AUGCAGUUUCAAUCUCGAUUGGCAAAUGAUGCAGCUGGGUUUGCGCAUGAACAGACGGUUCAAAGCGGUAGGCGCGGUACGGCGGGCGCUGUCGCCGUACAAGCAAGCGGCGCACCCCUCGAUACGCACGCGCGCGCAGCCGACGCGACGCGUUGCCCCUCGAGCCCGAACAAACGAGCAUCGAUCGAUAAGAUAAACGCGCAACCCCGCUUCUCUGGCUCAAUCAAUAUUGCUUGCAUCGAUUUUCAGAGCCGCAGCCGCCGCAAACGGCUUGCAAGGGUCGCAAGCGGUGGUUGCGAUACGAGCGACGCCGAUAAAUCUGUGCAUUUUGAUAUUUUUAAUUCGCCGUGGAAUUUAUUUGGUUUGAGAUGGACAAUAACGACAACUAAAUAUGACAUCGACUGA